GGUGGUAGCGGUGGUGGUAGUGGCAACAAGGACCCAGCAGAAGCAAUGUAAACAUGGAGGUGAAGGCAGACGACACUGGCGGUGGUGGAGGUACUGAUAAUGACGCACACACCUCCAAGAUCAUCAUCAUCGGUGCUGGCAUGGCAGGAUUGUCAGCAGCUAACCAUCUCUUGAAGAAUAAUAUUGAUGACUUUGUUAUACUUGAAGCAAGGAACAGAGUGGGAGGAAGAAUCAUUGCUAUUACCAUAGAUGGACGGAGAAUGGAACUAGGAGCUAACUGGAUACAUGGUAUCUUGGGUAAUCCAAUCUAUGAGCUAGCCUCCUCACAUGGACUUGUCAACAUCAUCCAAGAAAAUAAACCACACAAUGUUGUAGCCACACUUCCUGAUGGCAAAAGAGUACCAUUCCAGAUAUUGGAGGAGAUUUAUGAUGCAUACUUCUGGUUCUUCAAGCGGUGUGAAGAAUAUUUCCUCUGCAAAUAUCUACCUCCAGAUGGUGUUGAAAGUGUAGGAGCUCAUCUCAGAUUGGAGAUAUCCAUAUAUCUUGAACAGUUUCCAAAGCAUGAGAGACACAUUAGAAACCUCAUUUUUAAUUAUCUCCUCAACCGUGAAACGUGUAUAAGUGGUUGUGAUUCGAUGGAUGAAAUUGAUCUAAUGGAAAUUGGUAGUUAUACUGAGCUUCCAGGAGGUAAUAUUGUAUUGCCAGGAGGUUACAGCAGUAUUCUUGGUCCACUUACAAAAGACAUUCCUGAUGAACAUCUCUUAAAAGGGCAUCCAGUGAUGUCCAUCAGGUGGAGAGCAGGGUUGCAGGGGUUUAAUACUACUGAUUCUGGACUAGAAGAAGAUUUUACAAACAAACCCUUAAUGAACUCUGAGGCUCACCUUCCUGAAUGCAGGAGUGGGAAUGCAUCUGUAGUUACUUCACCUUCAAAGAAAAUUCGACCAAAGGUGGAAGUGAUUUGUAAAAAUGGCAAAAAGUUUUGUGCAGAUCAUGUAAUAUGUACUAUACCAUUAGGAGUGCUAAAAGAAAGUGGAAAGACACUAUUUGAUCCACCACUGCCAGAUUAUAAGAUGGACUCUAUUGACAGGCUGUGCUUUGGUGUAGUAGAUAAAAUAUAUUUGGAGUAUGAACGACCAUUUCUGAACCCUGGUUUGUCAGAAGUGCUGUGUUUAUGGGACCCAAUAGACCCCAAGGAACCAGUGAAUGAGCGUUGGUUCAAGAAGAUUUACUCAUUUACCAAAGUAACUGAAACACUUCUCUUAGGAUGGAUCUCAGGAGAGGAAGCCAAGUACAUGGAGACUCUUCCAUUUGAUGUUGUCUCUGAAAAGUGCACUGAAAUCCUGCGUCAAUUUCUGAAUGAUCCAUUUAUACCAAAACCGAAGAGAUGUAUCAACACAACGUGGUGGUCGCAGCCAUUCACUCGAGGUUCAUACACUGCUGUGGGGGUUGGUGCCUCACAAGGAGAUAUAACCAACGUCUCCCAUCCGCUGUACAUGCAGCCCACAUGUAGUAAGCCAGCAGUUCUGUUUGCGGGUGAACAUUGUCAUCCAAGCUUUUACUCGACGGUGCACGGAGCUUACCUCUCAGGCCGCGACGCAGCUCAGGUAUUGUGUUUGCCUGAUACCCCUCCUGAUGAGGUUCUGGAUGUUGAAGGCACAGCAGAUUUGUCCUCAUGGCUGGAGGGUAUUUCUCUUACUUAAUUUUAAUAUAUAUCAUGUGAUUUUAUUAUCUAGAAAUAAACAUAUAACUACUGCAAAUACUGUACAUUUCUGGUCAUAGAGUAAUAUUUGUGUAGUAUUAAGGACCAUUUUUCAUAGUAAAAGACAUGGUGUCAGUCUUCAUUUAUAUUGUGUAUAACUGCAGACUUCACACACACUAUUAUAAUUAAGAGAAUUUAUAGUUAUUGUACAGUGCUUGACUGCCUCCUUAAAACUAUCCAUGUGAUGAUGUAUUUGGUCAGGUUGUGGAUGAGAUGACAUUCUGAAUUGAAUUGGCUACUGGUAGGCAUGUACUGUAGCAGUGCUCAAAGAAUCGCUUAUUAAAUAUAAGGAUUCAUUUAAAAUCUAUAUUAUAUAAUCUUUUAGUAAUGUAGUUAUUAAUUUAGACUGUGUAGUCUUUUUCAUUAUUCUUGAAUUCAAAAGAAGCAAAAGUAAAAAUAAUAUGUGUAUGUGGCCACCCAUGGAAGUGUGGGACAUGUGAUUGCUAUAUAUGGGAAUUUUAGUCAAAAAAAUAAAAAGCAAACUAAGCUAAUUUUAUGUAUAAAUAUUUACUUAAUAUAUCAAUUCUAGUACAGGUUUUACAGUACUAAAUAUAUAUUUAUGUAUAAAACAGGGACUCAGUAUAUCUGAUUCUCUCAUAUUUUACAUGUAAAUAGUUAUGAUGUUGACACUGAAGUUUAAUGUUACAUCACAUGCUGAGCUAGAUCAGUGUUGGUGGGUGACAAAUAAUUAUGGUUUAUACAAAAAUUGGUUGAUGAGAGGCCUCAUGUAAGUGAGUGUUACAUUUUACACUUUUACUUAUCAUCAAUAACUACUGAUCAGUUAGCUGUUGCUACUUGUAACACCUAACUUCUUGUCUCAAGCUUUUGGUCAAUUUUAUUUAGGCAAUUGUUUUUAUAUUGAGGCAAAUAGUGAGCAUUUCUGUUAAUCUGCUAGAAGUGUGAUUGUAUUUGAAAAGUACUGUGUAAUUUUCUUUUAAAGACAAUAUACAAUUUGA